CACCAGUCUCAUUCACCAAAUCAGUGACCUUUGGCUCAAACCAUAUGGAGCAAAGAGCGGCGAGCAUGGUGGGAGACUCGCUCGGAUUCGAGGACUUCUUGCCUUCGAUGGCCGAGAGGCUCGGGCCCGAGGGGCUGAUCGAGGAGCUCUGCAAGGGUUUCCAGCUGCUGAUGGACUCGAGAAGGGGUCUCAUCACGCUCGAGAGUUUGAGGAGCAAUGCGGCGAGGCUCGGGCUCGAAGGGUUGGCAGAUGAUGAGCUCUUGGGAAUGCUAAGGGAGGGGGAUUUGGACGGGGACGGUGCUCUGGACCAGAUGGAGUUCUGCAUCCUUAUGUUUAGGUUGAGCCCCGAGUUGAUGCAGGGGUCUCAGAGGAUGUUAGAAGAGGCUCUUGGGAUGCAGCUCAUGAGGUCUGUUAUGCUCUAACAUUCUUGGUUUGCGUUGGGUUGGAUGCACCAAUGCUAAGUUGUAUUCAUCUGGAUCCCUCUGACAUAAUAAUGGUUAACCACAGUGUUCCUCUCUAGUGUUUGCUUUUUAAAAGCUUUUUGAAAAUG